GGUGCCAUGUUGGAUCGUGCGGCCGCCUCGGGAGCGUCGGAGGAGGGGCUGGGAGUUCAGCGCAGCCGCCGGAGCGCGAGGACGACGACCCGCCGGCCCGGGCCUCGCCGGGCGGGAGCCGGGAGCGCCUCUUCCCCCGCGGGGCCCGAGGGGGGCCCGCCGUCGGCUCCUCCCCCUCCCGCGCCCGAGGAGCGGCGAGAUGCGGCGCCUCUGACCUCGCUCCUCCCUCCCCAGUGCCCGCGAGGGGAACGCGCGCUCGCCCACUUGCCGGAGGACGCGGCCCUGGACUCCCCGCGCCGCCGGCGACACCAUGAGCUCCGGCCAGCAGCAGCAGCCGCCGCCGCGGAGGGUCACCAACGUGGGGUCCCUGCUGCUCACCCCGCAGGAGAACGAGUCCCUCUUCACUUUCCUGGGCAAGAAAUGUGUGACUAUGUCUUCGGCUGUGGUACAGUUAUAUGCAGCAGAUCGGAACUGUAUGUGGUCAAAGAAGUGCAGUGGUGUUGCUUGUCUUGUUAAGGACAAUCCACAGAGAUCUUAUUUUUUAAGAAUAUUUGACAUUAAGGAUGGGAAGCUAUUGUGGGAACAAGAGCUAUACAAUAACUUUGUAUAUAACAGUCCUAGAGGAUAUUUUCAUACCUUUGCUGGAGAUACUUGUCAAGUUGCCCUUAAUUUUGCCAAUGAAGAAGAAGCAAAAAAAUUUCGAAAAGCAGUUACAGACCUGUUGGGUCGGCGACAAAGGAAAUCUGAGAAAAGACGAGACCCCCCAAAUGGCCCUAAUCUACCCAUGGCUACAGUUGACAUAAAAAAUCCAGAAAUCACAACAAAUAGAUUUUAUAGUUCACAAGUUAACAACAUCUCUCAUACCAAAGAAAAGAAGAAAGGAAAAGCUAAAAAGAAGAGAUUAACCAAGGCAGAUAUUGGAACGCCAAGCAACUUCCAGCACAUUGGACAUGUUGGCUGGGAUCCGAAUACGGGCUUUGAUCUGAAUAAUUUGGAUCCAGAAUUGAAGAAUCUUUUUGAUAUGUGUGGAAUCUCAGAGGCACAACUUAAAGACAGAGAAACAUCAAAAGUUAUAUAUGACUUUAUUGAAAAAACAGGAGGUGUUGAAGCUGUUAAAAAUGAACUACGAAGGCAAGCACCACCACCUCCACCACCAUCAAGGGGAGGGCCGCCUCCUCCCCCACCUCCUCCACACAGCUCAGGCCCUCCCCCUCCUCCUGCCAGGGGGAGAGGCGCUCCUCCCCCACCGCCUUCAAGAGCUCCCACAGCUGCACCUCCACCCCCGCCUCCUUCUAGGCCCGGUGUAGGAGUCCCCCCACCGCCGCCUAACAGGAUGUACCCUCCUCCACCUCCAGCCCUACCCUCCUCAGCACCUGCAGGGCCUCCACCACCACCUCCACCCCUGUCGACAGGGUCAGUGGCACCACCCCCACCGCCUCCACCUCCGCCACCACCUGGGCCCCCACCUCCCCCUGGCCUCCCUUCUGAUGGGGACCAUCAAGUUCCAAUUCCUGCAGGAAACAAAGCAGCUCUUUUGGAUCAAAUUAGAGAGGGUGCUCAGCUAAAAAAAGUGGAACAGAACAGUCGACCAGUGUCCUGCUCUGGACGGGAUGCACUUUUAGACCAGAUACGACAGGGUAUUCAACUAAAAUCUGUGUCUGAUGGCCAAGAGUCCACACCACCGACCCCUGCACCCACUUCAGGAAUUGUGGGUGCACUAAUGGAGGUGAUGCAGAAAAGGAGCAAAGCCAUUCAUUCUUCAGAUGAAGAUGAAGAUGAAGAUGACGAAGAAGAUUUUGAGGAUGAUGAUGAAUGGGAAGACUGAUCGAUAUAUUAUAUAUAUAUUUUUUAAGGUGAAAUACUAAACACUACUUUCCAUCUAUGGAUUCUGUAAAAUUAUCAUGUAAAUGUUCUACCAAUUUGCUGUAUAUUUUUGUUGCCUUUUUUGCUUUUUUUUUUAAUUAAUCUGUGCAAUACCUCAUUUAAUCUGUAAAGGUUUGUCAUAAUCCUCUACAAAGCUACUCCCUGUUAUUGUGUGCAAGUUUACACCAGGAUGCUCACUUGGUUUGUGAAUACUAUUCAUUCCAUCAACAAGGGAGUUUAUGUGUGAGACUGACAAAAACCUUAAUGUAAUUUAGUUAUAAUGCCAGAAGGAAAACACUAUUUUCAUACCCUACUUUUUCUGUACCUAAAUUUUCUUAUAAAAAUCUAGUAUAGCACUACAUUCUUUUUUAAGUGAUGCAAACCUUAGUUUCUUUAGCCCCUUUAUUUUGAAUACAAUGCUACAUAUGAAUGUUGAAGCUGAUACAUUGCACAGUUCUCUAGACAUCACUACACUGAUGCGGUUUCUCAAAUUUUAGCAAUAUGCUCUACAUAAUAAAAUCACUACAGAGAUUCUAGUGGGGAAAAUCAGUAACACACCUGUUACAGCAGUAUUGCCCGUUAUUGGUACUGCAGUGGUAUUUGCAGGCUGGAAUCGGAACCCUUACAUACCUGUUCUUGACUGAGGUUAUUUUUAUGCUGUAGCAAACGCGGCAGGCUCUUUUUGGCAAAAAUUUUAAAAAAUAUGUUUGGUAUUAUUCUGAAACAGAAAAGUUAUUUGAGUUUGAGGGAUUUGGGGAGCAUUUUCAUUCUGCAUGAACUUAAGUGGAGUAUACAUUAUGGUUACUCCAAUAGGUGUUUUUAAAUGCUACACAAAUCAGAACAUUAUAAAAAUAGUGUAGAAUUUAAGCACUUUUUUUUUUUGCAGUGUAUAUGAGUUGAGGUAUUCAGAAAUACCAAUCAUAAAAAUCUAAUCUAGCUGGCAAAAAUAUGCACUGUAAUAUUGACCCUAACUAAUGUGCUAUAUAUUUUUAUUUUGAUAAUUUAUCAAGAUUUUUGUCAAAUUCCAUGUGAAGGAUUACAUUUUUCUUAAAAUACUUGUGGUCCCAAUGUCAGAUUUCUUGGCACACACAACUUAAUGAUAGAUAUUUUUUUAAAUAAAACUUUACAACCUGCGCAUUUGUUAUGCAUACUAAAUGGUGUGUUAAAAUGAGGGUUUCCUUGCCUCUCUAAAAUACACUAAUCUACCUAAAGGUGGUUGUUUCAUAUUUAUAGCGCUAAUUAUUAUACCUACCUACUUUAAAUUUUAGGUAGAAAAAUAUCUGAUUUAAAUACAGACACAUAUUUUUCUCACAUUGAGUCAUAUGCAGAAUGUAGUUCCAAAUGUAUUUCAUUACUAUAGUCACAAUAUCCAACUAAAAAUUAUGCUAUCUAGAAUUGUACCGACCAAAAUCUAGUAUUGGCAUGAUCUUGACAGGCUGGACCUGCAAGAUGUGGCUUGAAUUUUAACCAGUUAUUGCAUAAUCUCUAGUGAUCAUGAAUCUAGUUAUUGUCAUAAGAAAUAAUUUAAAAGGUUUUGUUGCUGAAAGCAGUAAGUGGUGCAGCAAAAUAGUUAAGUUAUUCAAAGAAUGUUACCUUCCUUGCAAGAGUUAUUUAAGCACAUGGGAAAGAUCAUAGACUUUUUGUUUCUUGCAAAAAAACAGUGCCCUCUGCUGCUAGAAACCUUUUUCUGCUUACUAUCAUUUUUAUUGUGGCUUGAGCUCAGUGAAUCUGGCGUGACUGAGACUGGACAGCUAUUAACCAAUAAAAUUAGAAAUCUGUGCAAAUCAUAAAUGGGACAUUAUAAUUAUUUUAAGUAACAUUAAACAUAAAAAUUUUGUCUUGACAUUGUAAAAAAACAUAUUAAAUAAUGCCAAUUUAAGAUCUCAACUUUUGACCAAGGAAUUCAGGAUCUUCCAGCUAACUUUGUUAUAAUAAAUAUUUUUAUCAGGAGCUGCUGUGAGCAGAAAGUAUUAAUUCUUUUGAGUUGGAAACACAGUUUUAAACAUGUAAGAUGAGUAUACAAUUUACCAAAGGUAAUUGAGUUCUGUUUUCGUACAAAAAAAAAAAAAAAAAAUUGUCUCACCAAGUCUAAAUUACUAUUGGUUGAAACACAGCAGCUGUGGAGUUCAGUCCAGGCAUGAAGGCUAAGUCUGCUUUACCAAGUAAGAUGUAAGGCUGCAUGUUUCAGUCCUCCACCAUCUUGCACUGUGGACAGCACAGUGCGUCGUCUGAAAAGCCUCUCGUAUAAUAUAUUCUCCAGCUAAAUGAUUGUCUGGCAGCCUUCGCAUUUAACAAACGAGCAUGAGGCUUUUUAUAUCUAAGUGCUAUGUGAUAGACAAUUUCAGCUAGCCACGUAUUGUAUGUAUGAGGUUCAUAAAGACUUUCAAUCAUUUCAUGUUCAAACAACUGAAAUUUUGUUUAAUAUGUGAUUUUUUUUUUUUGAAAUGUAUAGUGAAUAGGAUGUUGCACUGGUGGCAAUUCAUCAUGGAGCAAAAUAAAAUUAAUUUGACCCAAAUGCUA